AUGCGGUCCACUUGUGCGUUUUACUGUACCUCCGAGAAGCACGCCACGCACAGCACUGUACCUCCGACAAGCACUCCACGCACAGUACUGUACCUCCGAGAAGAGCUCCACGCACAGUACUGUACCUCCGAGAAGCGCGCCACGCACAGCACUCACUGUACCUCCGAGAAGCGCUCCUCGCACAGUACUGUACCUCCGAAAAGCGCUCCACGCACAGCACUGUACCUCCGAGAAGCACGCCACGCACAGCACUGUACCUCCGAAAAGCGCUCCACGCACAGCACUGUACCUCCGAGAAGAGCUCCACACACAGUACUGUACCUCCGAGAAGAGCUCCACGCACAGUACUGUACCUCCGAGAAGCGCUCCACGCACAGCACUGUACCUCCGAAAAGCGCUCCACGCACAGCACUGUACCUCCGAGAAGCGCGCCACGCACAGCACUGUACCUCCGACAAGCGCUCCACGCACAGUACUGUACCUCCGAGAAGAGCUCCACGCACAGUACUGUACCUCCGAGAAGCGCUCCACGCACAGCACUGUACCUCCGUGAAGCGCGCCACGCACAGCACUGUACCUCCGAGAAGCGCUCCACGCACAGUACUGUACCUCCGAGAAGCGCUCCACGCACAGUACUGUAACUCCGAAAAGCGCUCCACGCACAGUACUGUACCUCCGAGAAGAGCUCCACGCACAGCACUGUACCUCCGUGAAGCGCGCCACGCACAGCACUGUACCUCCGAGAAGCGCUCCACGCACAUACUGUACCUCCGAAAAGCGCUCCACGCACAGCACUGUACCUCCAAGAAGCACGCCACGCAAAGCACUGUACCUCCGAAAAGCGCUCCACGCACAGCAUUGUACCUCCGAGAAGAGCUCCACACACAGUACUGUACCUCCGAGAAGAGCUCCACGCACAGUACUGUACCUCCGAGAAGCGCUCCACGCACAGCACUGUACCUCCGAAAAGCGCUCCACGCACAGCACUGUACCUCCGAGAAGCGCGCCACGCACAGCACUGUACCUCCGACAAGCGCUCCACGCACAGUACUGUACCUCCGAGAAGAGCUCCACGCACAGUACUGUACCUCCGAGAAGCGCUCCUCGCACCGCACUUUACCUCCGAGAAGCGCGCCACGCACAGCACUGUACCUCCGAGAAGCGCUCCACGCACAGUACUGUAACUCCGAAAAGCGCUCCACGCACAGUACUGUACCUCCGAGAAGCGCGCCUUGCACAGCACUGUACCUCCGUGAAGCGCUUCACGCACAGUACUUAACUCCGAAAAGCGCUCCACGCACAGCACUGUACCUCCGAAAAGCGCUCCACGCACAGCACUGUACCUCCGAGAAGCGCGCCACGCACAGCACUGUACCUCCGACAAGCGCUCCACGCACAGUACUGUACCUCCGAGAAGAGCUCCACGCACAGUACUGUACCUCCGAGAAGCGCUCCUCGCACCGCACUUUACCUCCGAGAAGCGCGCCACGCACAGCACUGUACCUCCGACAAGCGCUCCACGCACAGUACUGUACCUCCGAGAAGAGCUCCACGCACAGUACUGUACCUCCGAGAAGCGCUCCUCGCACCGCACUUUACCUCCGAGAAGCGCGCCACGCACAGCACUGUACCUCCGACAAGCGCUCCACGCACAGUACUGUACCUCCGAGAAGAGCUCCACGCACAGUACUGUACCUCCGAGAAGCGCUCCUCGCACCGCACUUUACCUCCGAGAAGCGCGCCACGCACAGCACUGUACCUCCGAGAAGAGCUCCACACACAGUACUGUACCUCCGAGAAGAGCUCCACGCACAGUACUGUACCUCCGAGAAGCGCUCCUCGCACCGCACUUUACCUCCGAGAAGCGCGCCACGCACAGCACUGUACCUCCGAGAAGCGCUCCACGCACAGUACUGUAACUCCGAAAAGCGCUCCACGCACAGUACUGUACCUCCGAGAAGCGCGCCUUGCACAGCACUGUACCUCCGUGAAGCGCUUCACGCACAGUACUUAACUCCGAAAAGCGCUCCACGCACAGCACUGUACCUCCGAAAAGCGCUCCACGCACAGCACUGUACCUCCGAGAAGCGCGCCACGCACAGCACUGUACCUCCGACAAGCGCUCCACGCACAGUACUGUACCUCCGAGAAGAGCUCCACGCACAGUACUGUACCUCCGAGAAGCGCUCCUCGCACACUGACCAGCCUGCGGUCAGUUGUCCUCCAGCUGCGGAGCGGGCGAGGGGAGAGGCGCAGUGCGAGACGAGACCCCGCCAGGUCGACAAGAUGGCCGCCUCGCGCCACGGCGUGGUCACGUGGCACGGCCUGGGCGCGCUGGAACUAGCCUUCCCGUGCGUCACGUGUUCCUUCGUCGUGGUCCUCCUGCUGCUGUGCUUCUGCUGCUGCCCGGUGCUGCUCUACGAACUCAGGGACGAGAUUGGCUACGACUACCUGGCCCUGCUGUACUCUGUGCUGGGCCUGGUGCUGUUCGGUGUGGUGGUGGAGGUGCUGCUGGUGGCACGUCGCAGAGGCCGCUUGGCGUGCUGCUGUCGCCGUGACGAGGAGGCGCCACACUCCGUCAGCGACCACCGUGACGUGCUGCACAACAAGCCCACCGUCAAGGCUCCACUCUGUGACGUGCACGCACCGUCUCCCCGUGGCCCGCCGCCCGCCUACGACUUGGUCUCCAUCAACGAUCCCGCCUUGGUGUGCCACACCAGCAGCGCACAGCCCACAAGUCAGCUGGACAUCAAUACAUCACUCCAGCUGAACAUGGAAGGUUAUGCUUCCAAUAACAAACCCAGAAGCCACAGUGAAGAUGCCAAACCAGCAGACUGGCAAGGAAACAAAACUUCUGUGCCAAAUGACACCAACACAUUAUAUUACUCAGACGCCAUAUGAAUAAUAACAAAACAGUAUACCACCAAAUCAAUGAGAGUUUCGUUUCUGAUGCCGUCUGAAGAAAACCUAGUAGUCAGCAGUUGGACAUUAGUACAACAGUCCAGCAGAGCAUUGAAGGUCCUGCUUUAUGCCCAAGUGAAGUCAAUGGCAAAAUAAUUGGUGGGAAGAAAGACGUGUCUUGGUUCAAAUGAUGCCGCUUGGGGCUGCUCUGCAGCCAAGUGGAUGAAUGUGAGCGAUGAGCGAGUGAAUCGAAAUCCUGAAAAAGUGCUCUCUUGCCAGAUUUGGGGCGGUAAGCAAGUUGACAGGAAAAGAACCCAAAAUGAUUUGAACUGUCUCGUACUAGCAUGAUCGAAAUAGAGCCAAGGAAAAUGAAAACAGUUGAAGUAGUACCAAUAAACAAUUUCCGCUAGCACAACCAAUCCUGAAGGUAUGGUACCUCACUUAGUGCUACAGUAUCGUUAUUGGUGCCAAUAAUGAUCUUUAUCACUGUGAUUUAAAAUACUUUGCUGCCCAUGUGUACUUUCUCAAAGAGGACAUCAGUAUUUUUUUAAUGUAGCUUAUUUUGUGCUGCUCCAGCAACAAUGAUUUUCAAGUCACAAUUUCUUUGAGCUUCUUUUUUCCGUUGGAAUUUCGUGUAAAAAUAAUUAAGUGAGGUUUUUAUGCAAUCAAAGACUUGCUUUUAAGCUACAGAGUUUUUACUACAUUGGAGUCUUGUUGUCAACCCUACAUUUCUACAAUCUCUUGUCAGCUAAAGUCUCGAUUGUUUCUUUAAGAAAAAUACUUCUCAGUCAGGCUGUGAUUGCUUUCAGUCCAGUUUCCAAGUUCAUGACCAGUCAAAAACCUUUACAGCAUGUCAGAAAUUGUUGAGUAAUUUAUUUAUAUACUGAGCAAUUAAAAUUGUCUUAGCAGCACAGCUUUACUAGUGUGUUCAGUAGUCUCUGCAUUUUUGUGAAUAUUUUUACUUAAAUGUUAUGUAGCUAUAAUUAAUCAUGGCUUUAAUAAUUGGACAAUAGUUUUCUCCACAUGUUUAUAUUUUUACCGUUUUGAGCUAAGAACAAUGCAACAUGGCAACAUUGUAAACAGCCAGUAAAGAUGUGAACACAAGCAGCUUAAGGCAGCUUCCUGUGCCCCCUGAACCAGAGAGAGGAAUAUGUAGGUAUUUGUGUUUCAGAACCUACCCCCUUAGAAACCUAUAUUUUGUAAUUACUGUGGGCUUCGUGGGUGGAAAUCCAAACACAAAUGCCUAGUUCACUGUGUUUCAAAAUCAUCCCUGUCUUUAUUUACCACUGGAAUGCGAUGACAAUUGUUAUUUAUUGUAUCACCCAUAUACAUUUGUACGACUGUUAUUUUUUGUAUCACAUAAUAAAAACUGCUCUGAAUGAAA